AUGAUGGGGAAUGAGAGUAGCUCGUUUCGUAAACACCACAACCAACAAAAAAUGAAAACUACCGAGUUCUCUUCUUCUUCAUCGUCGCCAAGCGAUCGCAGGAUCGGUGCUGUGCUCCGUCAUCUCACUGCCGGAGCAGAUUUUCCGAUUUCGGAUCGUCUGAGCUCGGUUUUCGCCUCGCCCACAUCGGGAGUCACCGGGAAUUCUGUUUUCGCUCAUCUUGUUCAAGCACCCGAGGAUCCUAUUCUUGGGGUGACAGUAGCAUAUAACAAGGACCCCAGCCCAAUUAAGCUGAAUUUAGGAGUUGGUGCUUACCGAACCGAGGAAGGAAAACCUUUGGUUCUUAAUGUUGUGAGGAAAGCAGAGCAGCAGCUUAUCAGUGACAGAUCACGAAUCAAGGAGUAUCUUCCAAUUGUUGGAUUGGUUGAGUUCAACAAAUUAAGCGCUAAGCUCAUAUUAGGCGCUGACAGUCCUGCUAUUUCGGAGAAUCGAGUUACAACCGUGGAGUGUUUGUCUGGUACUGGUUCCCUGAGAGUUGGAGGAGAGUUUUUGGCCAAGCAUUAUCAUCAGAAAACAAUCUAUAUUACUCAGCCAACAUGGGGAAAUCACCCCAAAAUUUUCACCCUUGCUGGUUUGUCAGUGAAAACUUACCGCUACUACGAUCCAUCAACACGUGGGUUGAACUUCCAAGGUUUAUUAGAAGACCUUGGUGCUGCCCCACCAGGUUCUAUAGUGCUUCUCCAUGCCUGUGCUCAUAACCCAACUGGUGUUGAUCCAACCAUUCAACAAUGGGAGCAAAUCAGGAAGCUGAUACGGUCUAAGGGAUUGAUGCCAUUCUUUGAUAGUGCUUAUCAGGGCUUUGCGAGUGGAAGCCUGAAUACAGAUGCAAAACCGAUCAGGAUGUUUGUUGCUGACGGCGGAGAGUGCCUUGUUGCUCAAAGUUAUGCAAAGAACAUGGGACUCUAUGGAGAACGAGUUGGAGCUCUCAGCAUUGUAUGCAAAUCAGCAGAUGUUGCGGGGAGAGUGGAAAGCCAGCUGAAACUAGUAAUAAGGCCAAUGUACUCGAGUCCUCCGAUCCAUGGUGCAUCUAUCGUGGCUGUAAUCCUCCGUGACAGGAACUUGUUCAACGAAUGGACUCUAGAAUUGAAGGCAAUGGCUGAUCGUAUCAUCAGCAUGAGGAAACAGCUUUUCGAGGCAUUACGUGCUCGAGGGACGCCUGGAGACUGGAGUCACAUCAUCAAGCAGAUUGGUAUGUUUACAUUCACAGGGUUAAACCCAGCUCAAGUCUCCUUCAUGACUAAAGAGUACCACAUCUACAUGACAUCCGACGGGUUUACUUUCCCGACCUUUGAAAUUGUCUAA